GAUUGGCUCUCGCCUGCGGGGGGCUUCUCUCACGGGGACUCGGGACUCCCGGGAAGUGGACUGGCAGAGGAGGGGGCGAGCUAGCUGUCGCUCCGGAUCAAGGAGGAGACCCCGGUGUGAGGCGGCCUCUCAGCUCCGGGUGGGCUGGUGAGCCGACUCGGCGGCGGCGGAGGCUGUGAGGAGCGUGCGGGCUAGGGACCGGCACAGAGGCCGGCACCGAGAAAUCAUGGCCCCGCAGAACCUGGGCACCUUCUGCCUGUUGCUGCUGUACCUCCUCGGGGCCGUGAUCGCCGGGCGAGAUUUCUAUAAGAUCUUAGGGGUGCCUCGCAGUGCCUCUAUAAAAGACAUUAAAAAGGCCUACAGGAAACUAGCCCUACAGCUUCAUCCUGACCGGAACCCUGAUGAUCCUCGAGCUCAGGAGAAAUUCCAGGAUCUAGGUGCUGCUUAUGAGGUUCUGUCAGAUAGUGAGAAACGGAAACAAUAUGAUACUUAUGGUGAAGAGGGAUUAAAAGAUGGUCAUCAGAGCUCCCAUGGAGACAUUUUUUCACACUUCUUCGGAGAUUUUGGUUUCAUGUUUGGAGGAACCCCUCGUCAGCAAGACAGAAAUAUUCCAAGAGGCAGUGAUAUUAUUGUAGAUCUAGAAGUCACUUUGGAAGAAGUAUACGCAGGAAAUUUUGUGGAAGUAGUUAGGAACAAACCCGUGGCAAGGCAGGCUCCGGGCAAACGAAAGUGCAACUGCCGGCAAGAGAUGAGGACUACCCAGCUGGGCCCAGGGCGCUUCCAGAUGACGCAGGAGGUGGUCUGUGACGAGUGCCCUAAUGUCAAACUAGUGAAUGAAGAACGAACACUGGAGGUAGAAAUAGAACCCGGGGUGAGAGAUGGCAUGGAGUACCCCUUUAUUGGAGAAGGUGAGCCUCACGUGGAUGGAGAGCCAGGGGACCUGCGGUUCCGAAUCAAAGUUGUCAAACACCCAAUAUUCGAAAGGAGAGGAGAUGAUUUAUAUACAAACGUGACAAUCUCACUAGUCGAGUCUCUGGUGGGCUUUGAUAUGGAUAUUCCUCACUUGGAUGGCCACAAGGUACAUAUCUCCCGGGAUAAGAUCACCAGACCAGGAGCCAAGCUAUGGAAAAAAGGAGAAGGGCUCCCCAACUUUGACAACAACAACAUCAGGGGCUCUUUGAUAAUCACUUUCGAUGUGGAUUUUCCAAAAGAACAGUUAACAGAGGAAGCAAGAGAAGGUAUCAAACAGCUGCUGAACCAAGGAUCAGUGCAGAAGGUAUACAAUGGACUGCAAGGAUAUUAAGAGUGAAUAAAAUUGGACUUUGUUUAAAAUAA